GGUCUGAGCGUGUUGUGUGGUGCGGCAAAAUAAACGAACAACCGAGGCUGAAUAUCAGUGGCGGUGACUGCAGAGGUGGCAAUAAGCAAGUUGCUUGUGCAGUUGUUAGGCAACAGUUGAGUGCAGCUGUUGGUGAUUGUGGCAUUGGAUAUCUUUAUUGCGAAUUUCGAAAACGCUGAAGUGUUAAAGAACACUUUGUGACGUUGAUAAAAUUCCAAUUAGCGAGCUCAGCACGUUUUGAUAAAAUUGAUUAACAAAUUUUGUGGGAUCUUUCACACCGAAGUGCUCAAAUGAUAAAAUCGCACAUAGAUAAACGAAAUAACGAACACUGUGAGAUUUUCGGUGUGUGAAUUGAAUGAAAAGUCAUAUGAAAAAUAAACUAAUCGGAUGUAAAUAAAGACUUCAUGGCUUUAUAGAAAUCACAAAAAACAGUCUAAAAACAAAGAAAAUGAAAAAAACGUUUUGAAUCAAAACUAAAUUUACACUAAGGCAAACAUUAAUUUUUAACUGGUUAUCAGUAAGCAUUCGUCAAGGAAGCAGAAAUAAUAUAUCAGAAAGCCUAGAAGACUUCCAUAAAACAAAAGCUGUUAAAAACGACACAAAUACUCGUAGCAUAAACGAAAUAAUAAAAAUCGGGAAAGUCUACAAAGUCUCCAAAAAUCAAAAGCGUCAAAAAUUAAGUGUACACUUCUGUUAUUUGUUAUUUUGCAAUUAAAAACUUCGGUGAAGAAAAAAUUAAUAAAGUACUAAAAAGUCUACAAAGUCUUCACAAACCAAAAAAUACCAAAAAUUAUACGAAUACUCUUACUAUAUUUGAAAGAUAAUAUAAAUGAAAAAGUCUGCAAAAUUCCAUAAUUCAAAAAUUGCCAAAAAAUACACACAAAUACCAGUUGCUGGAAUAGAAGACCAAACAUUCAAAAUACAAAUCUAUACUGAAGCUGUUCACAAUUCGCCCAUAGCAAAGAAGUCCUGCCAAAAAAUCACCAAACACAAAACCUACUUUUAUAAAACUAAAACUUAAAUUUAUUUAAAAUAUAAGGUCUACAAGGCCACCUAAAAACAUUAAAAAUUCCCAGCAGACUUAAACCAAAUAAGUAGUAAGUCGCAGCUCGCUAGUUUCGCAACCUACAAGGAUCAUCUUGCUCAGUCACAAAGUCUCGAAUCAACAAUUUGCGUAACCUCCAUUCCCUAUCAAAAUGUCUACAAUGACAAUACUGCGCCGCUGCAUCGAUCUUCUCCUUUUCAUCGUACUUAUUGGAGUUGAGUUCGCCUUACACCAAUGGAUGCCGCCUCAAAAGCGCGGCUUCUUUUGUGGAGAUGAGUCGCUACAGUAUCCGUUCAGCUCCUCGCAGACUAUUGGCCUUGGCGCGCUGAGCAUCAUAGUGCUCGCCGUACCAUUCUUCGUUAUACUUGUAGUCGAACUUUUCAGGCAGCUAUCUCGUAGCCGCAACAAACAGCAUGCAUAUGCAACUCAGGAUGCCGCCGAUGAAUCCUGCCAUUGUGGACGUCGUUGGAAAAAUAUUUACGCACACAUCGGCUACUACUUGUUCGGCAUCUUGAUGACGCUAAUCGCCACAGAGAUACCUAAACGUGCUCUCGGCAGAUUGCGGCCGUACUUCUUCAGUAUUUGUAAGCCACGUUUAGCCGAUGGCACCAACUGCGACUUUGAACGUAAUCAAGGCCACUAUUUCACCGAAUAUACGUGCGAAAGUGAUGUUAGUCAAAGAAUGAUGACCGAAAUGGCCAUGUCUUUCCCCAGUGGACACUCCUCCAUCGCUUUCUAUGCAAUGGUCUACAUAGCACUGUACUUGCAAGUGGCGCUUAGCACACGCGGCUCCAAGCUACUCAAGCAUCUAUUGCAAUUCGGUUUUGUGAUGUUGGCUUGGUAUGUGGCGUUGACACGCGUCAACGAUCACUGGCAUCAUUGGUCCGACGUGUUGGUGGGUAUACUGAUCGGUACGCUGUUUGCCUGGCUGGUGGCGCGUUAUGUGGCCAAGUUAUUCGAGGGCCGUUGCUCGUCGCCGCAAUCAUUGUCGGCGGCGAAAAUAUUGGCUCAUGCGAGUCUAGCAUCUGCGUCUGCGCAAUCGCCGACGCCAGUACUUCCAGCGUACACAUUUGGCAGUGUGCCGUAUCUGCAGCACCACGGACCGAAUCACGCCGCCUACGGUCAGACAUACCACAAUUAUGGGUACGUGCCGUAAAGAGCGACUGAAGGAGUGAUGGAAGAAGAAAAAGAAAACGCAAAUUGCACGAAUGCAAGCAAUAGUGCAAAAAACCUCGAAGUGCAGCUGAGUUGCAGUGAAAGCCGUUGCGAUUUUGUUAUUAUUUUCAUUGUUUCUUAAUUUUGUGUUUAAAUUUUAGUUGGCAGCGCACGCAUGUGGCAUUGGAAUUUGCAGAGUAGAGAAACGUUUCGAACUAUCUUUGGUAGCAUUUCUCAGUCGAAUGAUUUCGUUAAUCGUAAAUUAAAUUGUAUGUACUAGUUUUGGUUAAUUAGAUAAAUUUCAAUUGUAUUUAGGUGCAUAUUUUAACUAGAAGUAUUAGACGAGGGAAAUUUUGGAAUAGUCACAACGUUUAGUAACAUUUUGAAUCGUUAAAUAUUAUUUUCUAUAAGAUUUAAAACUUGCUUUUAAAAACUUUUUGUAACUAAAAUUCCAUUCAAUUCAAAAAUGAAGCUUUCAAAAUCUUUCCAAAAAAAUAUAUCACUGAAUAAAUUUAUUUUAAGUAUUGGCGCAUAACAAUAAAACUCGAAAAUACAAAGUUUUCAAUUAAAUUGAAACUCUCCAAAAAACAUAUCACUUAAUAAAUUUAUUUUGAAUAUUGCGGCAUGACAAUAAAACUCGAGAAUACAAAAUUUUCAAUUAAAUUGAAACUCUCCAAAAAAGUCUCCAAAUUGAAACACCUUGAAAAUGAGCAAAACCGCCAAGUGUGCUCGUUAAAAUUUGUUAACAAUUUUUUUUCUAUAUAAAUAAUAAAAAAACAGUUGUUUAUGAAAACCAUUUUACCGUUAUUAAUUAAUUAAAUGUAUAAUUAUGCAUAAAUAUGUAUUAUGUACGAGUACAUAAGUAUUUAGGAAUAGUUGAUUUAUCUACAUAUGUAAAUAUUUGUAUGUUUGUUUGUAUGACACACUUUUUUAAGCGAA